AUGUCUGCAGAGGAGGCACCAAGCACUGAUCUCAUUACCCUUACUCGCCAUGUUCUUAGCGAUCAGUUGCGAUUGGGAUCGACAGCCACGGGUGACUUGACUCUUCUGCUAACAGCGAUUCAGGUCACCUCCAAGUUCAUCGCCACCAAUGUUCGUAAAGCGCGCCUCAUUAACCUUGUCGGCCUGGCCGGAGAGACCAAUGUACAAGGCGAGGAACAGAAGAAGCUGGAUGUCCUGUCAAAUGACAUCAUGGUCAAUGCACUGCGCGCUUCUGGCAAAACCGCUGUUUUGGUUUCAGAAGAACUUGAGGACGCAAUUAUCAUCGAAGAGGAGAAACGCGGAAAAUACUGUGUCGUCUUCGAUCCUCUCGAUGGUAGCAGCAAUAUCGAUGCUGGUGUGAACAUUGGCACCAUUUUCGGUAUCUACAAGAUUCAACCAGGCUCAAAGGGUACCAUUCAAGAUGUGCUUCGUCCCGGCAGUGAAAUGGUUGCUGCCGGCUAUACCAUGUAUGGAUCUUCAGCAAACUUAGUUCUCUCCACCGGUUCUGGCGUGAAUGGUUAUACGCUAGAUGCAGCUUUAGGCGAAUUCAUUCUCACUCAUCCCAAUAUCACAAUUCCUCCAAGGGGAAAAAUCUAUUCAUUUAAUGAAGGAAAUGCGAUGUAUUUCCAUGCCCCAGUCACUGCCUAUUUGAAAUCUAUCAAGUACCCCGCUCCUCCUAAGUCGCCAUAUAGUGCUCGAUAUAUCGGUUCUAUGGUCGCCGAUGUUCACCGUACUUUGCUCUAUGGAGGCAUUUUUGGGUAUCCUAACGACAAGAAGAGCAAGAAUGGGAAACUACGAUUGCUGUAUGAAGCGUUUCCCAUGGCAUUUUUAACAGAACAAGCCGGAGGAAUCGCCACCACGGGUACGAAGCGUAUAUUAGAUAUAGUGCCAACAGACAUACAUGAACGUUGCCCCGUGUUUCUUGGCUCCAGAGACGACGUUUUGGAUGUCAUCAAGUUCUUCAAAGAAGUCCCUGCAGAUGCCUGA